AAAUUUUGUUUAAUAUUUUGUAAAUACGUUCUCCAUUUUUAUUCAGUGGCAUAGAUACUUCCACAGAUAUGGUAGUGACACUCUUGCACUUCCGGCUAGCUGUUGCAGCUUUCUGAUUCUACCUGCCACUGCUUUCCCGAGGGCUUGUGAUUGUUCUGCUGCAUAUUCUACUGUAUUUAAGUAAGAAAUUUCAUCUGGGAAGGACCCUAGCAUAGUUGUUACCAUGAAAGGAAAGAACAGGAGAAGUGGUGGUGCUAUUCAUAUGGAUUACCUCAUUCACAUUCAGGAGAUUAAGCCUUGGCCCCCUUCACAAUCUCUUAGAUCCCUUCGUUCUGUAUUGAUACAAUGGGAGAAUGGUGAACGCUCUUCAGGGUCUACCUGUCUUGUUUCCCCUUCAGUUGGUUCUAAUUCGGUCGCAGGUGAAGGAAAACUCGAGUUCAAUGAGUCAUUUAGGCUUCCAGUGACACUGUUGAGGGAUAUGACUGUCAGAAAUAGUACUGUUGAUAUGUUCCAAAAGAACUGUUUGGAGUUGAGCUUGUAUGAGACUCGUAGAGAUAAGACCAUUAAAGGUCAGUUGUUGGGUACUGCCAUUAUAGAUUUGGCUGAUUGUGGCAUACUUAGAGAGACCUUGAGCAUACGUACACCAUUGAAUUGCCAGAGGAACUACAGAAACAUGGAUCAGCCACUUUUGUUCAUUCAAAUUGAGCCAGUUGGAAAGAAUCGUGCUAGGUCUGCAUUGAAAGAAAGCUUGUCAAAGGAGGUGUCAAAGGACAAAAACGGUGGUGAUUCAGUAUCGGUGAUAAUGAAUGGAGAAUUUGGUGACGAAGCUGAGAUUGCCUCUUUUACUGAUGAUGAUGUUUCCUCACAUUCAUCUGUGGCUGGAGUUACUGCUUCCUCAGAGUCUAGUGUGUGUAUGCCUCCCGAACAUGAAGAGAAUGCACCACAUGGACCAGCACAAAACAAUGGUAGGAAUGACAUGGAGCAUCCCUUGGCUUCAGAGACAAGCGUUGAAAAGUUGAAUGUGAUGCAAGAAGACACAUAUGAUAGACUGGAGGGGAGUUCUUCCUAUGAUGUAUCCUCUGAUGUUGGGAGUCCAGUACAUGGUCAUACUCCGAAGACUACUACUCCCAAUCAUAGAUCAGUGACCCGAAACCAAGUUGUUUCCUCAAAUGGUGAUUCUUCUUCCCCAUCAAUGGAAGAAACUUCCAGAAGCAGGGAUCAUGAAAAUUUGGAUCAAGUGGGUUGUAAAAAGGUAGCAAAUUGUAGAAGUGUAGUUGCAGGUGUUCAAACAAACCUUAAUGGAAGUGCUUGUGACAUCUAUUCAAGCAAUGCUACAUUUCUAGAUAGUAAUUGCUUUGUGGACGAGAACCCAGGACCUGGUUCAGAAACCAAUGACAAAUUAAGUGAGAGAUGUGAGGAAGCUGACAAAAAUUGUGUGAAGGAGGGGGGGAGUGAUAAAUAUUACCACAAUUCCAUUGAGGAUAAGCUUGGAAAUGAAGUAUUAAAUUUUGAUAAGCAAUACCAUGUAGAAGAUGAAUCAGUUGCACAAGGUACAAAAGAUCAAGUUUUAUUGAGUAGCAAUUCAUAUUCUUUAGGUCGGUCAGAUAAUGGUAUAAAAGGAAAUUUUCUGAAAAGUGAAAGAUUAAAGCAUGUGAAGUCUGUAAGGUCAUCCGCAGAUUCAGCUAGGAGUACUGGGUCACUGGGUAGCAAUCAUCUUACUGAAGUAAAGGAAAAUGGUGUUAAUGGAAAUGGCCAAAAUAUUGGAGGGAACAACAGAAGCAGUGACAGAAAAGAUGCCAAGAUUUAUCCAAGGGAAGCCAGAACUGCCAUUUUAGACAGCAGGAUCGAGCACUUGGAAAACAAGAUAGAGAUGCUUGAAGGAGAGUUAAGAGAAGCUGCUGCUAUUGAGGCUGCUUUAUAUUCAGUAGUUGCUGAGCAUGGAAGCUCCAUGAGUAAGGUUCAUGCCCCUGCUCGGCGCCUUUCCAGGCUGUACCUUCAUACUUGUAAAGAAAAUCUUCUAGCUAGAAGAUCUGGGGCAGCCAAGAGUGCUGUUUCUGGGUUAGUCCUUGUUGCAAAGGCAUGUGGAAAUGAUGUCCCAAGGUUGACAUUUUGGUUGUCCAAUUCUGUUGUGCUGAGAACAAUUAUAAGCAAAGCUACCAAAGACAUGACACCAUCAAAUCCUGCUGGACCUAUUACAAGAAGGAUGAAUGGAGAAGCGAAUGGCAAGAUAGCACAACCAUUAAUAUGGAGGGGGUUCUCUCCUAGGAAAAGUGAAAAUACAGCAGUUGAAUAUGGAGGUAUUGGUAACUGGGAAGAUCCAAACAUGUUUACAUCAGCAUUGGAAAAGGUGGAAGCUUGGAUCUUCUCCCGCAUCGUGGAAUCUAUUUGGUGGCAGUCUUUGACUCCACAUAUGCAGCUGGCUGAUGCAAAGGUCACUCAUGAGGAUGCAUGUAAAAGCUCUAGGAACAUGUCUAGCUCAUGUGAUCAAGGGCAGGAAAAUUUAUCGCUAGAUAUUUGGAAGAAUGCUUUUAGGGAAGCCUGUGAAAGGCUCUGUCCUAUCCGAGCUGGAGGGCAUGAGUGUGGCUGUUUGUCUGUGCUGCCUAGAUUGAUAAUGGAGCAAUGUGUAGCAAGAUUAGAUGUUGCCAUGUUCAAUGCCAUUCUUCGUGAAUCUGUUGAUGAUAUUCCAACUGAUCCUGUAUCUGAUCCCAUUAGCGAUCCUAAGGUUCUCCCCAUUCCGCCUGGUAAAUCAAGCUUUGGAGCUGGUGCACAGCUUAAAACUGCGAUUGGUAACUGGUCUAGAUGGCUAACUGACCUAUUUGGUAUGGAUGAGGAUGACUCACUUGAGGAUAGAGAUGAUGACCUUGACAGCAAUGACGGAAGUCAAAAUACAUCCUUCAAGUCCUUUCAUCUUCUUAAUGCAUUAAGUGACCUCUUGAUGCUUCCUAAGGAUUUGCUGUUAAGUGCAUCCAUCAGGAAAGAGGUCUGCCCAAUGUUUAGUGCUUCACUAAUCAAGAAGAUUCUAGACAAUUUCGUCCCAGAUGAGUUUUGCCCGGAACCUAUUCCCACUGUUGUUUUUGAAGCUCUGUCGUCACAGGAUGAUCUCGACGAUGAAAAGGAGUCUGUGAACAACUUCCCAUGCAUGGCUGCUCCCAUUGCAUAUUCGCCUCUGCCAGCAACUACCAUUACAAGCAUUACUGGGGAAAUUGGAAGUGAAUCUCAGCUGAGAAGAAGCAGAUCUUCUGUUGUGAGGAAGUCAUACACUAGCGAUGAUGAGCUCGAUGAAUUAAGCUAUCCAUUAUCUUCGAUAUUCAUUAGUGGCUCCUCCCCAGUAUUGGCCAAACCCAACUGGAAGUGGAAAGACAAUCGUGAUGAAUCUGCCUUCAGAUAUGAACUCCUGAGAGAUGUUUGGAUGAACAGUGAAUGACCUUGCACAAAUUAGAUUUUACCCUUUUCACUUAAACAUUUGUUGUGUAUCAAUGUAAAAAGAAAGAUAUAUAUUCUAGGUUUAGCAGAACAAAAACUGUUAAAAAACGAGAUGGUGGAAAUGGCUUGCAUAUAAAUAAUAAUGUUUGACUUUUGGGUCAUCUUACAACAAGGUCACUUGAGAUUAAAUUCUAAAUUUAUUUGUGAUGAUUUCAGAUGC